GUCAAGUCUGCUCUGCUCUUAGAUGGAAUAGCUGCAUUUUUCCUCUCUGGUGUCACUGGAGAAAACUGGAAACAAGUGUUACAGAAAGGACGGGAUAAGGUCUGGGCCUGGUUUGGUGGAUCUGCCUUCUUCAGCUGGAACCAGGACUGGAAGAAGCAGCUGGACGGCGGAGUGACUGGUGGUGCAGCUAUGGGCAGGCCGGAGGGGCUGGCCAGGCCACCUCUGGUGUCAGUUAUGGCGUUCUCCUUCCUGGCUUUCUUCUUGCUCUGCAAUGGGGUCUCAAGCCUUCCUCAGCCUCUGCCAAGAGUCUUCCUUUCCUUUGAAGACCUGCAGACCUCUCUGUCUUUUGAAUACUACAACCUAUCAGAAAAGGCCAUGGACUACAGGAUCCUGCAUAUGGAUGAAGACCAGGACAGGAUGUAUGUGGGCUGCAAAGACCAUGUUCUCUCCAUGGACAUCAACAACAUCACCCAUGGCACACUUAAGGUGUUUUGGCCUGCAUCUACAAGCAAAAUAGAAGAAUGCCAAAUGGCAGGCAAGGACCCAACACACGGCUGUGGGAACUUCAUCCGGGUGGUGCAGCCUUACAACAGAACUCAUCUGUUUAUGUGUGGCAGUGGAGCAUACAGUCCCGUCUGUGUGUACAUCAACAGGGGCCGCAGGCCAGAGGAACAAGUAUUUCACAUUGACUCAAGGACUGAAUCUGGAAAAGGGAGGUGCUCGUUCAACCCUCAAGUGAAUACAGUCUCUGUCAUGAUCAACCAGGAGCUGUUCUCAGGCAUGUACAUUGACUUCAUGGGGACAGAUGCUGCCAUCUUCAGGAGCCUGACCAAGAGAAAUGCAGUGCGGACUGAUCAGCACAACUCCAAAUGGCUCAGUGAGCCUAUUUUCAUUGAUGCCCACCUGAUACCAGACGGGAUGGACCCAAACGACGCCAAAUUGUACUUUUUCUUCAGAGAGAGGCUAACGGAUAACAGUGGAAACACUAAAAAUAUCCACACCAUGGUUGCCAGAGUGUGUCCAAAUGACAUUGGCGGGCAGCGCAGCCUCGUUAACAAGUGGACCACCUUCCUCAAAGCCAGGAUGGUGUGUUCGGUGCUGGAAGAGGACGGCACGGAAACACACUUUGAUGAACUCGAAAGCGUGUUUUUGCUGGAAAUUGAUCAACCAAAGGGCCUUUUAGUGUUUGGAGUCUUCACAUCUACAAGUUCUGUGUUUAAAGGGUCAGCAGUGUGUGUGUACAACAUGGCCGACAUCCUCACUGUCUUCAAUGGACCCUUCGCUCACAGAGAGGGGCCCAACUUUCAGUGGGUGGCAUUCCAGGGACGCAUCCCCUACCCGAGGCCAGGAACUUGUCCCGGUGGAGCCUUCACACCUGACAUACACACAACAAAAGAGUUCCCAGACGACGUGGUGAACUUUGUACGGAACCAUCCGGUCAUGUUCAACCCCAUCUACCCGGUGGGGAGGAGACCCCUGGUAGUUCGUACCAACGCAGACUACAGAUACACAUCGGUAGCCGUGGAUCAGGUCACGGCUGCUGACGGCAGCUAUCAGGUGCUCUUCCUGGGCACAGACAAAGGUACAAUACAGAAGGUGAUUGUGCUGCCACGCAAUCAAUCCCUGCAUGAAGAUCUGAUCCUGGAGGAGCUGGAAGUGUUUAAGAACCAAGCUGCUGUCACAAACUUGAAGAUAUCUCCCAAAAAACAACAGCUGUACGUCAGCUCGGAGUUCGGGGUCUCCCAGGUCUCGCUGCACCGUUGUCACGCCUACGGUUCGGCUUGUGCUGAUUGCUGCCUCGCCAGAGACCCCUACUGUGCCUGGGACGGACUGAGCUGCUCCCGCUUCUACCCCACUGGGAAAAGGAGAAGCCGAAGGCAGGAUAUUAUGCAUGGAAAUCCACUCACUCAGUGUAGGGGAUUCAAUUUAAAAGCCUACAGGAACGCCGUGGAGAUGAUGCAGUAUGGUGUGAAAAACAACACCACCUUCCUGGAGUGUAUUCCAAAGUCUCCUCAAGCAUCGAUCCGCUGGCUCAUUCAGAGGGACAAUGACAGGAGGAAAGAGGUGAAGCUGAAUGACCGUGUCCUCUCCACCGAACACGGCCUCCUCUUCCGCUCCGUCCAGCUGUCCGACCAGGGCCUUUACUACUGCCUGACCACAGAGAACGGCUUCAAACGCACCGUUGCCAAAAUCCGUCUCCGUGUGCUAAGUGAAGCCAUGGUGAGCGUGCUGGCAGACAAGCAGCAGUCGCCCUGGGCGUGGGCCAGCUCUUUGCACCCUAAGGCCCUUUUGGAAGCCUUCAGUCCUGCAGAGACUCUGGCUGUACAGCAGUACUGCAAAGAGAGGAGGGAGUUUCAGAACCUGCAGCAAAGGAAUCAGCAGCAGCCGCCGCCACAACCACCCAGUCCUCUCAGGGGGGACCUGGCCAAACUGAAGCCCCUACUGGAUCGGAGGAAGAGCCGGAAUAGACGCAAUCACCUCCCAGAGGUCUGACGCAGGGAGUUUGCAGCAGCAGAAACUGAUACGCACACCUUCCUCUAACCUUAACCCUUCAGACCCCUGCUCCCAUCUCAGCUGCAAAGCUGCAUUGUGGAUGUACAGUCGAACCAGAAUGUGGGUUUGGGGAAUUUCUUUUCUUGCAUGAGGUACUGUGACCAGAUGGCUGUGACAUUUCAUAACCACACAGGCAGCCACAAACCACUGAUUUGUGACGGUCACAGCAUAACGUGAAGUGGACAUGUUAUGACUGCCUUUUAAUAAGCUGUGGUCUCAGCUGAUAGUACACAGAAUAUUACACUUUGAGACUCAGCUAUCUUAUCUUACAUUCGUGGUGGGAAAUAAACCAGCUGGGAAUUAACUCACAAUGGAUUUGUUCCUUUUUGUUAAAAGAAGAAUUUUUAAAUCAACCUAUUAAAUAGAGGUGAAUGAAAAGGGAUAAAACGGAGACAAAUGUAUUAUUGAUAGUGAGAAUAUUAGAAUAAGAAAUGUUAGUCUGUUAUUAGAUUAUCCCCCCAUUUGAAUGUUUACUUUUAACUAAUAAAAUAGUUUAUUGCAGUUAAACUACAGGGUCUUUGUGGACUCAUGAAAGGUAAUAUCAUGUUUACAACAGUAUCAGUUAUAUAAAGUCCAGAGGACAAAUAAUCCUAAUCAAGAAUGUUGUGUAACAGUAUAAGGCCAAACUGUUCAUCUACUUCUAACAAUGGUUAACCUGAGGUGACAAAUGCUGCAACAAAACAGAAAGGAGAAGAACAUUUUGCAAAACAUAAGAAUAUGCAAACAUUUCACACAAAAAAAAAAUGUAUUUCCAUUUGCAAACAUUUCAUAAAACCACA